AUGGAUUGUACUGUUUUGGAAAUGGAAGACAAACCUUAUAGUGUUGAUAGUUCUGACGAUAUUAAUAUCGAGGAAGAGGAAGACGAAAUUAACGACGAUAGUCAUAGUUAUCCACCAGAUUUUCCAAUAGAAGCAUUAGUUAAAUUAGAAAGAACAUCGCCCUCUUUACCCACACCUCCUACCUCUCCUACAGACGAAACACCACCAGCUAUUGUACUCUCAAGACACCAUUCUUGGCCUCCACAGUACAACCCGCAAACAAGACCAAUGCAGACGCAGUACCCUUAUGACAAACCACUUCCUGCCUAUACCUACUCUGUCCCCUUUGUACAACCUCAAGUAGCUUCUUUGGCACCUUCGGCGCCGUACCAAGCAAUGUUGGUCAACCAAUGGUUCAGAAACGCAGCUUUAUACCAUCACUCCAUGAGAUACCCUUCCAUGGCACAAAGGAUGCCCAGCAGGAACCCACCGCCGAUGCGAGCACCUGGAGCCCCCGGCGCCAGACCGAAGAAACAAUUUAUUUGUAAAUACUGCCAUCGACAAUUUACAAAAUCAUACAAUUUACUGAUUCACGAAAGAACCCACACAGAUGAAAGACCAUACUCAUGUGAUAUUUGCGGUAAGGCGUUCAGAAGACAAGACCAUCUCAGAGAUCAUAGGUAUAUACACUCGAAAGAAAAACCGUUCAAGUGUACGGAAUGUGGAAAAGGUUUUUGUCAAUCACGAACUUUAGCCGUACAUAAAAUUUUGCACAUGGAAGAAUCCCCUCACAAAUGUCCCGUGUGCAACAAGAGUUUCAACCAAAGAUCGAACUUGAAGACUCAUUUGCUAACUCACAGCGAUGCGAACAAACAUCAUUUAGAACAUUUAGAUGGCUGUCAAGAAGUAUCGUCAACCAGCCAAGCUUCAGAUAGUCCUCUACUUGACCUCUCACACAAGCCGUCUCCACCGCCCCAGAAUUAUCAACCGAAACUUCCCACAUCGCCUGUUGAGCCGCCUAAAAAGUUGUUGGGAUUUACAAUAGAAGACAUUAUGAAGCGAUAGAAAGUAUUUUUUUUCUAUUAUAAUUUUAGUUGAAUUUGUUUUUGUUUCUAAAAUAAGUUUAU